CAGUCACAUAAACUUGAGGCUGAUCUCAAAGUAUAAUUUAAUUCUGAAUGGUUUAUUUCUUUAUAAAAUGUAAUCUGCAAUAAUUGUUUCGAUACAUAUCACUAAAGACAAUAAUCAAAUGAAAUGUUUAUUCAAAAUUGAAAAUAAUUGAAUUCAAUUGAUGCAUGUUAUAUUUUAAUUAACUGUAUGUAUGCCUUUUGAGCGCGUGAAUAUAUUUGACCCUCCAAACUCUACUCUUAUAAAUUUAACAGUAGUCAUUGGUGUAUUAUGGCUACUAAGUAUUAGUAGUCUUGUGUUAUAUUAUUGGUGGCGUGUUAACGUUAAUUAUAGUUCAAUUACAAAAUUUAAUUGCUCAGAAGGAACAUUCACUUCAGGAAUUUCAAAUUUGACCCUUGCGCCAUCUAUUCAAAAACGGCGGAAACUACUCGACAAUUACCGAUCAAUUUUCCGAAACGGAGCAAACCGGCGGCGGGGAAUGGUGUGGCGUUAUUGUUUCGUUGUUGUUCUUUAUAUUAUACAUGUUGUGAAAACCCUAAAAGUUUGCUUUAAUUCUUUGACUAUACCGAGAACUGUGGAACUGCCGUGUAUGAAUUAUAUCACCAACGCGAGAUCGUCGGUAAUUAUAUGCGCGUAGUGAGGUGAAGAUAAAAGGAGCACGUCUUUAUCGACAGUGGGAAUCUUACCGACACAUGACCUGUAUUACCAUCACCCCACACGAAUGUGGCGUCGUUGAGCGUUUCCGCUUCCGGCGCUCGAUUUUAAAUUGUUUAUAAUUUUAUUCAAUCGUUCUGAUAUUCAAUUGUUCUUCCUCCUCCGGCAUUGAACGCGUCGUUUAACGUUGCCACGAGAUUUUUGAAUGCUUGUGUUAGAUGAAACAACUGAAGUAGGGGAGUCACUGGGAAGUCGUGGAGAGGCUAAAGAUUUGGUCCAAGACGUACAGUUCUGGCAUCACUGAUAGUCCAGUACAUAUUCUUGUAUCUGUAGUCACUGCACUGAGUCACUAAUAUAUGCAAGAAAAAAUGGAUAAAUUGCUGGGUUUAUUACACGAAAAAAUACUUGCUGUAGAUAAGUAUGAAGAUGUAUUUAAUGAAUUCAAAACUUUACACGCAGAUGAGGAACGUGUAAGGUUUUUUCUUAAGCUUAUGCUAGAAUAUGGUAUGAUUUCUCAAGUAUGUCCAGAUAGAAAAAAUGCAAAGAAAUCUACAGAAUUAAAAAAACAAGGAAAUGAAAAAUAUAUGUCAAAAUCAUUAACAAGCUCUCUGUGUAUCGAUGCACUAAAACUGUAUACAAAAAGUAUAGCAUAUGCUCCUUGUACAUCUGAACAACUUGCUUUGGCGUAUGCGAAUAGAUCUGCUGUUCUAAAAAAAAUACACAAAUACAAAGAAUGUAUUCAAGACAUAGAUAGAGCCUUAGCCUUACCAUAUCCAAAUAAUUCAAGAAGUAUAUUAUAUUUAAGAAAAAUUGAGUGUUUAAGUAUAUUAAAAUAUCCCAACACAGAAGAUACUAUUAAGGAAGCGCAAAAUUGGCUAGACAGGCUGUCCUUGGAUGAUGUCGGUCAUAAAAAAAUGAAUAAUAUGUUCAUUUCUGCCAAAAAAAUAUCUGUAUCAAAUAUAUCAAAAAAACAAAGUAUCGUAAAACAAUCACCUUUGCCUGAAUUAAAGAUAUGCAACACUGAAGUUCCUUGUGCCUCCAAUGCGAUAACUAUAAAAUAUAAUGAAAAAUAUGGCAGACACAUUGUAGCUACUCGUGACAUAAAUAUUGGUGAAAUAAUUGCUAUAGAAAAGCCUUAUUCGCUAAUAUUAAGUCAUAACAAUUUACAGACGCAUUGUUCAAAUUGCUUGGAAGUAUGCUGGGCUAAUAUACCUUGUAACUAUUGUACAUAUGCUAUGUAUUGUUCAGAAGAAUGUAAAGCUUCGGACUGGAAAAAAUAUCAUGACAUAGAAUGUAAGGUAUUUCCUUACUUUUUUAAAAUGAAUUUUAUGGAACGUCAUCAGUUUUGCGUAAGACUUGCUAUUCAGGCAGUAAGAGAGAGUAAUAAUAUACAGAACUUAAGAGAAGAACUAAAAGAAGUUGAAAAUUGUGAUAAUCCCCGUACAAAGGGUUUUUCAAAGAAUGGAACAUUUGAAAGUGAUGCUUACAGAAGUGUAUUAAGUUUGGUUACUAACGUUGAAAAACUGUCAUUAGAAGAUCUCUUUACAAGAUCCGCAGAAGCUAGUUUCAUAUUGUAUUACUUAGCAACAUGUACUGAUAUAUUUGGCAGUUCACUGAAAGAUUUAUUUGAAUUAAUAAAAAACAAUGAUGCUAUCUUUGUUGGGGGGCUCAUUCUAAGGCAUCUGCAAUUGAUCCCUCUUAAUACUCAUUCGUUUACGGAAGAAUAUAAAAUCGCUUCGGAAGACCGUGGUGUAGCACUUAUGCCAUUUCUUAGUCUGUUUAAUCACAGUUGUAACCCAAACAUUCUAAGAGUUUCAAGGACUGCGCAUAUAAUUGCUUAUGCAAUGUAUCCUAUCAAAAAGGAUGAACAGAUAUUUGAUCACUACGGUCCAUUAUAUUCAAUGGUACCAAAAUUCACGAGGCGCUUGGAACUUCGAAUACGCUACUUCUUCACUUGCGAUUGUGUAGCUUGUGUGGAGGACUGGCCAGUAUUUUAUGAAUUAAUGUUAUCUAAGGAAUCCAGUUUAGGAAUAGCCCUUCGCACGUUGCCAAAUUAUCCUAAAUAUCGCCGUAUGGCGGAAGAAGGAAAUGUAUUUAACAAAGAUAUGAUAGAUGACUUGUUACAAAUGUUUCAACGAGUAUAUAACGCGGUACGAAUGCCUCACUGCACAGUAACCGAGAUAUCAGCAAUUCUUAAACGUGUCUAUUGCUUAAGUGGAAACAGAUUUGAUAUUCCUGAACUAUAAUAUGCAUCAAACGCGCCCACGUAAUGUCAUGUUAAUUUCUUUCUUUAUGUUUUUUUUUUUAAUUUUUGUUUCUGAUUCAUUAACAGUUAACA